UCUAAGUCAUUUCUACUAAACACCUUUAAAAAAAAGAAAAUAUUAAAUAUGUGAUAAUAUGUAAUAUGUAUGAUAAAAUGAAAGCAGAUGUGGAUCUGAAACUUCAGUUCAGAAAACUUAUCUAUAUUGUUUUAACGGAAGAAAGAAGUUCUUUCCUUUUCCCUUUCAUUUUUCAUAUCUCAUCACUGUAGGCGAUGUAAAGAAAGAAGUCUUCUUCUUGGUGCUCAGUUGACCCAUUGUGGCAGAGGUCGGGGGAAUGACGUUGUUUACGAAGAAGACGUAAAUAAGUGUUGUUAUAAAUUUACAAAAGAGUUCCUCAAACCAAAGCUUUUAAAGAGAUAAGUAAAUUGAGAGUAGCCUAUAAUAUUUUAUAGAAAAAAAUAUAUAAAUAAAUAUACACAUAUCUCUUAUUUCUCUCUUCACAUCGUCAUGUUUUAAACACGCAUAUAUCUUGGUAUUAAUCUUUAAAUUAUUGUAAAUUUAGACUCGGUUCAGACAGUAUAUUUAAUAUUCAUAGCUAUAAUAAUAUUACAGCACUUUUAAGAAUGGCUUUGUUUUAAUGUAGUAAGACAAUGAACUCUAACUAAAGUGUGUAUUUAACUUUAUUCUUGUGAAAUAUUUGGGGUUUAUUUUACUUCAUGCUUCGACUCCUGUCCUCGCGUCUUUCCUCGAUUGCAUCCUAGAGGGUGGAGCUAUGCACGAGGAAAGGAAACGCCCAUAUUUGUAGCGCUUCCCACAAGUUAUUUAUUGAGCACAUUUCCAGAGAAAUGGAAGUUAAUGAUGAACGAUGCAGCAAUAAGGACCAUGAUGCACGUGAGUUUUUUUGCUCACAAACUUGGACUGAGUCACCCCUUCAGUUUUGUGCAAUUGGCUAUGUCAGGGGAUAUUAUAAAGAAUCCCGAGUCUAGCCCAGGCGUCCGGGUCACAGAUACGUCCUUUGCUGGAGUCGAGGCGCGAGUGUUUGAAUCCACUUCAGAAGGCCUUCAGAAAGAUUUAAAAAGAGGAGUGGUUUAUUUUCAUGGAGGUGGAUGGACUAUUGCUAGUGCAAGGAUAAGAGAUUAUGACACUCUGUGUAGGACAAUGGCCAAAGAAUUGGAUGCAGUUGUUAUAUCUGUCGAGUACCGUCUGGCCCCUAAGGCACGAUUCCCUGAUCAGUUCAAUGAUGCUUUUCAGGCCGCAAAAAAUAUCCUGACAGCGGAGGUGUUAGCUAAGUACUCUAUAGACCCGAAACGAGUGGCUGUGUCAGGUGACAGCGCUGGGGGGAAUCUUGCUGCUGCUGUCAGCCAACAGUUGGCCGUGGAUGCAAGUGCUCCAAUUAAAUUUAAAGUUCAGGCCCUCAUCUACCCUACGCUCCAGGCCCUGGACUUCAACACACCCUCCUUCCAGCAGAAUCGCCAUAUCCCCAUCCUGAGAGAUCACCUCAUGGCCCGCUUUUUAUUAGAGUACCUCAAUGGAUCUCAAGACCUUGUUCCCUCCUUGCUGGCUAACAAGCACUCAGCUCUGGAUCUGGGUCAUGAGGUAGCAGCAGCUAAAGCGAAGAUCAACUGGACCCAGCUUCUACCGGUGGCCUUUCAGAAGAACUAUAAGCCAGUGGUGCCACUUCAGGGUGACCCAAAGCUGCAUGAGAUGCUGCCAGGGUUGCUGGAUGUAAGAGCAGCUCCAUUAUUAGCUGAACAGGAAGUGUUGAAGGUCGUCCCACCCACCUACAUCAUGGUUUGUGAGCAUGACGUUUUGAGAGAUGAUGGCCUGAUGUACGCCAAACGACUGGAGCAAGCUGGAGUGCCCGUUACCAUUGAUCAUUAUAAAGAUGGAUUUCACGGAUCCAUAAACUUUGUUUUUGUGUCCUCUCCAUUCGAAGUUUCAGUGAAAAGUUUUCGUAACUACAUGAAGUGGCUAAACGAGAACCUGUAGGUUUUUUAUAUACAUAUAAGGGACAAUUUCCUUAUUGAAUACAUUUUUUGAUUAUAAGCAUUUUUUAAAUUUAAAAUGUAUUUUGUGGAAAAAAUAAAUAGGCGUAUAUAAUGUUUCAGGACCUCACAACAAAUUAAUUAUGGGUGUAGUUGGUUUAAGGGCUUUGGAAUAUUUAAUGGCUUAAUUUGAUUUAUAAAUUAUUUAUGCAGGGCUAAAAAGGAUAUACUAGAUUUUACAAGAGGUUAUGUUGGACACUGAAACUAGUUUAUUUUUUUAUUUGCAGUCAUAAACACUGGAAUUAAAUAUACAAGAUUGUAUCUGGAACCCACUCUGUGAAAACCCAGCAAAAGUCUUUUUUUGUGUUUUACUGGUUUUUACAUAAAACCAUCUAAUAACGUAAAGAACAUUCUGUAAAAAUACAACCUUGAUUUAUUUUAUAUUUAUAUUGACCACGGCCAAAAUUAAGCCAUGUCUAUUGCUCCUUAUUUUAUAAUGAUAUUGAGAUUUUAACCUGGAUUUUACAGACAGGGUCAUAUAAUAUUAUUAUAAAACAGUAUAAAACAAAUGUCUCUAUUUAAAAGUUGGUAUAUCUGUGCAAAAGUCUUAGGCCACCAUGCUACCAUUAGAUUUGUUGUUUUUGCAAUUGUAUAGUGAUCAUAUAUAAUUAUGUAUGAGUCUCUUUAUUAGAAUACAACCAGAAAAUACAGGAAAUGUGAAUGUAGUAUUAAAAACUGUAUGAAAGUAUAAGCUGAAGUGUCAAGUAUUUAGGGUAAACUCCCACUUGAGCAAUAGCAGGCAGCUGCAGGAUCUCUUAAACGUAAUUGAAAUUAAAUCCUAAUUCUAAUCGAAUGAAAAAAAAAACUCAAGAUGUGUUUUGUGCCAAGAGAGGUCACACUAAAUACUGACUGAUGCCUGAAGAAGACAUUUAGUUCUAUAAAUUGUUUUUUUAUUUUGUGUACAUAUUUCCUGUAUUUUUGUUUGUAUCUAAAUAAAAGAGUAAAAAAUAAUUAAACUUUCCUGGUGAUGUUGGCCUAAGACUUUUGCACGUACUGUAUAUGUCUAUAUAUAUCUAUAUCUUUAUCGUCCAGUAGUAGGUAGCACAAGCCAGGCUAUAAAAUAUAUACUGUACAUGUUUACAUAUAGCCUAUACCUCGUAUCUGUUAAAAUACAACACUGUUGGGAAAUUUUUUUUACCUCUGUCUGGGUGAUGAAGAACAUCUUUGGCAGUUUCUUCGCUCUUGGCAGUCAGGAGUUUUGACAUAAGGGAAUUUCCUAAAAACCGAGCAGUGUGGUGCUUUAAAGAAACAUGAGCUGGAAGGGAGCCGUGGAGGGAAACUAUCCAUCACUGUUAGCGCAUGGGAAACGCCGGGGGUGCAGAUAAGCUCAGUGGAAUGCUGCUGCAUGAUGUUUUUCUACUUACCUGUGAGAACUUACUUGAUUAUUUUACUUUGGUGUUUUCCUCUAAUUGAGAGCGUGGAGAUAAUCAAUGUUUUACUGUAUUUCUAGGGGUAAUGUACUACGGACAGUGUCUAAAAGGGAUCUGAAAUUAAACAACUUUUAAGUUUUGUAAUGAGAUGAUCCUAAUUGCAAUACUUACACAUUUAGACAUUUUGUCCGUUUGGAAGCUUUUACUGUUUUGCAAAACAUAUUUUUACCGGUAUGUUGAGUGUGAGAAUCACUGAUAUUUUGUAUGAUUUUUCGUUAGAUUGUGAUUGUUUUGAGGGUGUGUGAAAUGUGUCAUUUGUUUUGAAUCAGUUUGUCUUUUACACAAUAAAAUAUAUGA